ACCAAUUGUCAAUAUCCUCUUGCAGUCCAUGAUUCUACUUAAUAGCUGUUGGAUGCGCAUUGCUCAUCUCUGGCAUUUCUGACUUUCUGUUCGCAUUGUAGGGACCUCUUCUCUGCGGGUGUCACCAACAGUUGCAGAAGAUCCAAUUUGCCAUGGCAAACCAUAAUAGCAUCUGCAGCCUUGCUCUGCUAGCCUCCGCCUCGUUUGCGAUCCUAAGCAGCACCUGCAGUUGCUUGCAGUUCAGUUACCCCAGCUUCGACAAAUCCAACAAGGAUGAUUUCAGCUUCAGCCUAGGAUCAGGAAUAGCUGAUGGAUCCCUCCAGAUCACACCUAGCUCCGGAGACAUCGCCAACCAAUCCGGAAGAGUCUGCUACACUAGGGAGACCCUUAAGCUGUGGAACAACAAACAUACACAUCAGACAUCCUUCAGAACAGAUUUCGUUCUGAACAUUUCCCCACACCCACAGAACAAGACCGGUGAAGGCAUGGCUUUCAUCCUCACCAACAACCCGUCCUUGCCGGGCAGUAGCAGCGGGCAGUGGCUUGGCAUCACCAACGAGCAGACGGACGGUUCACCGUUGAACCGACUUGUAGCCGUGGAGUUUGACACGAGGAAGAGCUACGCGGAGGACCUGGAUGGCAACCAUAUUGGACUCGACAUCAACAGCAUCGAAUCUGUUGCACAGUACCCACUCAGUAACGUGUCUAUCUUUCUGUCAAGUGGCUUUGAUAUGUCUGUCAGUAUCAGCUACCACGGUGAAUUCCGUCCGUUAAUAGUAGAGGCAAUGCAGUUAAGUACCAGAGGGCUGCAUGUUGCUAUGCAAGCUUGGCUUAUUGAUCUGUCAAAGUACCUGUUCGAGGACAUAUAUGUGGGGUUUGCAGGUUCAACUAGUGAAUUCACUGAACUGAACCAGAUAAAGUCUUGGAAGUUCAUCACAAUCGACAUCCCUGGCAGUGGAGGCAGAUAUUUGACAAAGAUGACUUGGUUUCUGUUGAUAUCAUUUUUUCUCUGUAUGGUUUUUGCAUCCUGUGUCUGGAGAAGAUCUCAACGGAGGAGAAGGCUAGCGUAUAGCAGUAUUGAGAUGAUGAACGAUGUGCCAUCGAUGUGACAUGAUCUGCAAGUUAUGUACUUGGCCUGAACAAUAAAACUGUAGCGCCGUAUGGCUUAUGGUAAGCCACAGUUCAAAGGUUUAUGUAGGGAACUUCAUCUGCACUUUCUUAUGUUCCAUACUCGAAUUCAAAGAAGGCUUCUGUCAUAUGUUACAUAAGGCUCAUGGCGAUAUUUUUCAAUCUCUUAAUUAGUAACUGGUAUGGAGCAGUGACCUAAUGUUGCGCAGCUCAGUUUCUGUUAAAUGACACGCACUUUCAUGACAAGCAGCUGAGGUGAGUAUUACUGAGAGUUGUACACUAGUUUUGUGUGUAGCUGUAAACUUGUGCAGCUCAAUUUUAAGUAUGUUUGUAAAUAAAAUUCUUGAUGUACUGUGUGCCCUCAAGGCCUCAAUGUUCUAUGUUCCUGCAAAUUUUUUAACUCUAUGCAGCAUGACAGAGCAUUUUCAGAACAUUACUUAAUUA